AUGUCCGGGUAUAUGGGCAAGAUCUUCACGGCCGUCUCGGCGGCCCUGGAGUUCAACACAGCCACUCUGUCCGGCGCAAUUGAUAUCGUCGUUAUCGAAGACGAUCAGGGGAGGCGGCUUUGCUCUCCCUUCCACGUUCGUUUCGGAAAGCUCCAACUCCUUAAAUCACGCGGUAUUCCUGUCGACAUCGAGCUCAAUGGCCAGCGCACGGGUCUCCGCAUGCUUCUGGGAGCAGCUGGAGAGGCCUACUUUUAUGAUCCGAAGUACGGGCAAAAGCACACUGGCGACAAAAAGCAUCCUGACAAUCAUUCUUCCUCACCGGCUGUGCUUGCCGAGGAACUCAGAGCAGAGACGGAGAAGCUUGAUAUCCCGUCCAUAACUUACCCGCCGUCUGAGUCUGACGCCGUGAGCGCACUGCUCAACUCUCCGUCAAUGCACAGUCCAACAAAGCCUCCUUUCUCGUCAGACAUGGAUGUAAGCAACCCUUCAGGAAGUGGAGAGCUGCCGAUGGCGAAGAGCGAUGGGAGCGGUAUUAAGAAGCUGUCGGGCAGCUGGUCUAACCUCACGAGCCAUGUCGUUGAGACAACAACUAGUGAUUACCCUUUUGGAUAUAUUUCAGAUUCGGAAGUAGAAUUAACUCGCAAGGAAAGGGCAGGAACGACGGAAGUUGUCGACGAGCCCCGUUCACCUCCGAUACUUCCCUCGCAGCGGAAGUGGAGUUACAGUGUAGCCCAGAAACCCCCCACUACACACUUGUCUGAAUUGUCAGAUGAGUCCCCCGAGAAGAAACCAACUGCACCUGUGUCGAUUUCUAACGAAGGCGGCGAUACUUAUGAGGACCAAAAUUCAGCCCUUUUCGGUCUGCCUGCGUCGCCUCCGAAUCGCCACUCAAGAGAAAUAGAUGGGGUUCACGCAGAAAAGAGGAGCCAGGGCAAAUCACCAACAUCACCACAGGACGAACCUUUCAAGGAAGAAGUUGAGCAACAAAUUGAACAUAAGAUGGAACACAGUGAAUUAGACCAGAUCACUCGUUCCCCAAAGAUGCGAGAGUCACUUACAGUUUCAGUCUCUAUUAGCGAUAUCGUUGGGGAGGAAGAGGGUAAGUUAGACUGCAAAAGUGUCGAUGGUUAUGAAGCUGAUGAAGAUGAGGUCCAUGAUUUGCAGGAGCAGGUUGCCUAUGUCUUAUCCAGGCCACAGUCCUCGCCCGUGGGAAGGCGACCGAGCAAAAUAAGUCCUCCCUUAGUGCCGUCUAUCGGCAAAAUGACAAGACAACGGCAAGAUUCCCCCAGUAUUGGUAUUGAGCAUGACAAAGAGUAUUCUCUCCUGCAGGAUGGUUUGAUGUCUAUGUCGUCAUGCGGAUCUCUGCUUAGUGAUGACAUGGAUGAAGCCCAAAUAAUGGAACUCUUUCAGAGGCACCAAGUAAGUUUUGAGGAGUUUAAAGCUAACCCUAACAUGCUGCACGACCCAUCCCUCUUGUUUUGCAUUGAUAAUCGCCUUGUCGAGCUUCGUGUGGCCGUGCCGUUCAUCUUCGCUGCUCUUUCCUUCAAUAAGAAAAUGGAUAUCGAUCUCCUCGCCAAACUGACAACCCCAACAUCGAAGGAGGAAGAUAAGGUCCCUAAGUCGCCCCCAACGCCAUCUCGUAGAUUCACAUGGUUUGGAUGGGCUUCACCAACAGUCGUAGGCGAACCUCUGCUCCAAGGAGAAGACUUAAAUGUGCUGGAUACAGCUAAUGAAGCAAACAGAAAGGAAAUACCUGACUCCGAGUACCCACCUCAAUCCCAAGCGAUACACGUGUCAACUGACUCUAACGAGAAUUCUGUUGGGAAGAAGCAACAAGAUACUGGAGCUUCUGAUAAUGCAAACAGCGGUACAGAAAGUGUUAACAAGGCAGCUGAACAUGAGAACAAGGAGUUAGAGGAUGCCGGCUUCAGAGAAGUCGCUGACAGCGUCACAGAUGGUCCUAAUGCACGAGCAACAGACCCGGGGUCAAGCAAUAAGCCUGUACCCGAAGAACCUGUAUUGGUAUCCGUAUCGUUCGCCGAUCUGGACCCCGAAUCUCUCUCGCUGCGACCGACUCCCGAAGAACUGAAGCAACUUGAUUUAAAGCCAGGGGCAAACACAAUUCGUUUCUAUGUUGAGUCCAGUGAUGUUGAAUUGAACUGCCGGGUAUUCUUGUGGAGCUGUCAUACAAAGAUUAUCAUAUCGGACGUAGAUGGCACAAUCACCCGAAGCGAUGUGCUUGGUCAUUUGUUACCAGCAGUGGGUCGGGAUUGGAGCCAGGUCGGCGUUGCAGGAUUAUAUUCACAUAUUGAAAAGAAUGGGUACAAAAUGCUGUAUCUAACUGCGCGACCAAUUGGUCAAGCAAGCCAGACGAGGGCAUUCCUUCAUAGCGUCACGCAAGGAAGUGCUAAACUACCCAAUGGGCCAGUCUUGAUGAGUCCAAAUAGACUAGUGGAGAGUUUUACUCGGGAAGUUAUCAGAAGAAAACCUCAAGAGUUCAAAAUUGCAGCCCUUCGAGAAAUCAGAUGCUUGUUUUCUCCGGAUUACAAUCCCUUUCAUGCCGGGUUUGGGAAUAGAGAUACAGAUGUGAUCUCGUACCGAGCGGUGGGCCUCAUCCCGCAACGAAUUUUCGUGGUGAAUCCGAGGGGAGAGCUUGUUGUCAUGAAGGCGAAGUUCGAGAGCGCAGCAACUUACAGCACUUUACAAGAUCUCGUCGAGAGUGUGUUCCCUGACAUCUCCGGCCAUGCCGGGCUGAAAAAGAUUCAGGCGCUGAUGGAAAGCGCAACAUUUAAUGACUGGAACUAUUGGAAGGAGUCACUCCCAGAACUUGACCUUGAUCAAUUGCUAGACCCAACAUAGAUUAACUUGGGCCUGAGGUUCCUAUACAUGUGGAUUGCUUUGGUGCUGUUUUCAGGGUAGUUCUGUGUAGACGGAGCCUUAGAAAUGCCUACCCUCUCUUACGGUGACACUUCUAAAGAACACUCUGACUCUGUAAAGUACUGUCUAGGGCAUUUUGUAAAACAAGGAAGUAUGAGUUUCAUG